GUUUUCAUCUCAAUUCAUUCUAGUUCCUCAAUUGGUACUACCCCUAGAACUUCCUCUUUUUUUUUUUUCCUUGUAACUCUUCUCUUUCUCUCUCUUAAUUUCAAUUCUGAUGCGUGAUUUACCAUUUCCUUGCCCUUUUUCUCAGAGGUGAAUCGUGAUGAAGAUGGACAUGGGUUUGAUUCUACUGUUUUUAUGCACUUCUAUUUUCUCAGGGUUUGAAGCUAAUGCUUUAACCUAUGAUUACACGGCCAGUCUUGAGUGUUUGGAAAACCCUUGGAAACCUCAUUACAAUGGCGGAAUCAUCGUUAACCCUGAGUCAAACUUCGGGCUACAAGGAUGGUAUCCAUUUGGAGGUGCAAAAAUACAACAUAGAGUAUCUGCAGGAGGCAAUAAAUUCAUAGUGGCUCAUGCUCGAAAUCAACCAUUUGAUAGUGCUUCCCAGAAGAUUUAUUUGAAAAAGAGCAUGCUCUACACCUUUUCCGCCUGGAUACAAGUAAGCCAAGGAAAGGCGGCUGUAACGGCCACUUUUAAAACAACAACAGGAUUCCGACGUGCCGGAACAGUGGCUGCGGAAUCCAAAUGCUGGUCCAUGCUUAAGGGUGGCCUUAGGGUUGAUGAAUCUGGCCCUGCGGAACUUUACUUUGAGAGCAACAACACAUCAGUGGAGAUAUGGAUUGAUAGCAUCUCAUUGCAACCAUUCACCCAAGAGGAAUGGAGCUCUCACCAACAACAAAGCAUUCAGAAGAUCCGUAACACAAAUACGAAAAUCCAAGCAGUCGACGUAAAGGGCAAUGCCCUGCCCAACGCCACAAUCUCCAUUUCCCAGAAGUCGUCGGUAUUUCCCUUUGGUUGUGCCAUAAACAAGAACAUUCUCAACAAUCAAGCUUACCAGAGCUGGUUCACCUCUAGGUUUAAAGUCACCACAUUUGAAGAUGAAAUGAAGUGGUACAGCACGGAAUCAUCACAGGGCAAGGAGGACUACUCCGUACCCGACGCCAUGCUCAAGUUCACCGAACAAAACGGCGUGGGCGUUCGCGGCCACAGCAUCUUUUGGGAUGACCCGCAAUACCAACCCGGUUGGGUCAAAAAUCUCUCCCCCGCCGACCUCUCCACCGCCACCAAUCGAAGAUUAGGUUCCAUAAUGUCCAGGUACAAGGGAAAGCUCAUCGCAUGGGAUGUGGUGAACGAAAAUCUGCAUUUCUCGUUCUUUGAGAGCAAGCUUGGGGAUACUAUUUCUGGAAAUUUCUAUAAGCUGGCUCACGAGGCAGACCCAGGAACCACUUUGUUCAUGAAUGAAUUUAAUACAAUUGAGGAAGCUGGAGACGCUAUGUCCACGCCAGCGAAGUACCUUCAAAAGCUGAAAGACAUCCAGGCGUUUCCUGGUAAUGCCAAUUUGAAUAUUGCAAUUGGACUUGAGUCCCAUUUUAGUGUACCCGACAUUGCUUACGUGAGGUCUUCUCUUGAUACACUUGCUGCCGCCAAUGUGCCCAUUUGGAUUACAGAGCUUGAUGUCCAAAGCAAUCAAAACCAGGCACAAUUGUUGGAGCAGAUUCUAAGGGAAGUGCAUUCCCAUCCAGCAGUGAGUGGCAUUGUGAUAUGGAGUGCAUGGAAACCAGAGGGCUGCUACAGGAUGUGUUUAACUGAUAACAAUUUCAAGAAUUUGCCCACUGGAGAUGUUGUUGACAAGCUGUUGCGUGAAUGGGGUAUCAACCAGGCCUUUGAGGUCUCAACAGACUCUGAAGGAUACUUUGAGAUCUCCCUUCCUCAUGGAGACUAUGAAGCCAAAAUCUCACAUCCUACUCUAUUCGAAUCUUCUCCUGGUCACGCCUUCAAGGUAACUUCAACAAGUUCUUUGCAGCAGCAAUCCAUGCCAGUGGUUCUUCAAGUUCCCGCAUAAUGAACAAUGCUUCUUUUCCUUCAUUCAUUCCCCACUUUUUCCAAGAAAAUGGUUAAGAAAAAUAGAAAGGAGUUGUGGAAAUUAAAGCCCAGCAUCCAUU